CCCACCCACCUUCUCUCUCUCUCUCUCUCUCUCUCUCUCCAAGAACACCAAAACAAAGCCAUGGCUACAGCUGCAGUCACUGCUGCAGUCUCUCUCCCUUCCUCCAAAUCCUCUUCUCUCUCCACCAGAUCCUUCAUCUCCUCAGAUAGAAUCACCCUCCACAAAACAGGUUUCUAUACAAGGUAUGUAUCUGGAGCUGGUAAGGUGGUUUCCAUCAGGGCCCAGGUGACUACAGAGGCUCCUGCAAAGGUACAGAAGAUUUCUAAGAAGGAUGAUGAAGGUGUGGUGGUGAACAAGUUCAGACCCAAGGAACCUUUCAUUGGCAGGUGCCUGCUCAACACCAAGAUCACUGGUGAUGAUGCACCCGGCGAGACCUGGCACAUGGUUUUUACCACUGAGGGAGAGGUUCCAUACAGAGAAGGGCAGUCUAUUGGUGUUGUUCCAGAUGGGGUUGAUAAGAAUGGGAAACCGCACAAGCUGAGGUUGUAUUCGAUUGCAAGCAGUGCUCUGGGGGAUUUUGGAGAUUCCAAGACGGUUUCUCUGUGUGUGAAGCGACUUGUCUACACCAAUGAUCAAGGGGAAGUAGUUAAAGGAGUCUGCUCAAAUUUCUUAUGUGACUUGAAGCCUGGGGCAGAAGUGCAGAUUACAGGCCCCGUUGGGAAAGAAAUGCUUAUGCCCAAAGAUCCUAAUGCCACAGUCAUAAUGCUUGCUACAGGAACUGGAAUCGCUCCUUUCCGCGCAUUCUUGUGGAAAAUGUUCUUUGAGAAGCACGAUGACUAUAAGUUCAAUGGACUUGCUUGGCUCUUCUUGGGAGUUCCUACAAGCAGCUCAUUGCUCUACAAGGAGGAAUUUGAGAAGAUGAAGGAGAAGGCACCCGAUAAUUUCAGGCUCGACUUCGCCGUGAGCCGAGAGCAGACAAAUGAGAAGGGGGAAAAGAUGUACAUUCAGACCAGAAUGGCCCAGUACGCUGAAGAAUUGUGGGAGUUACUCAAGAAAGACAACACCUUUAUCUACAUGUGUGGAUUGAAAGGAAUGGAGAAGGGGAUUGAUGACAUUAUGGUGUCUUUGGCCGCUAAAGACGGCAUUGACUGGACUGAAUACAAAAAGCAGUUGAAGAAGGCAGAGCAAUGGAAUGUGGAAGUCUAUUGAUGCUUGCUUGUCCAAACAAGACUCUCUUCUCCAAAGAGGCCAUCCUCCUAUAAUUUUCUCUAUGCAAUGUAGAUAAGUAACCUCCUCUUUUGUAAUUUGUGUUAGCUUCUCAUAAUGCAGUUUUUACCGCUGUCGCUUGGCCGCCUCAUAUGUUUUAUUGAAGAGGGAUCAUACAUUUGCACUGCUUGUGAUAUUACUUAGGCACUUCAAAAUUAAUCUCGUCCUCCAUGCCCGACACUUCAAGUGACACGUCAUGCCCAUGGCCCACCUGGGUGAAAUAGGUGCAUGUGGAUCUCAAUCUCCUUGUAAUCAUUCUCAACUUCAUUCAUCAAUAUAUGUCCCAUUUUUCCA